AUGGUAGUUGUACGAGGGGCUACGUCUAUAGACUCCACGAUUUUUACAGAAACCACACUAAAGAAGACUCGCCUGGAGACCGCGGGGACGCCCGAACCCCCCAGGAAAUCGCCAUCGGGUCCUCUCACCGAUGAUGGUGCAAAAGCUCAAACAGAAGACCAGAAAAUCGAAGUAGAAGUUAAGACAGAACCACAAGAUACUGAAAACGACGACGAUAUUGGAAUAUCAUCGGAGUCCCCGCCAAGGGAUGCACUGGCUGACGAUGUUUAUGAAAUAAAACCAGAAGCGUUGGAGCAUGAUUCAUCAAACGACGACAUACCUCUGUACCAGAUAGCUGACCGACCUAACAGGAACACAGACCUUAAAUCAAACGGAGACAUCACAAGGAAUAUUGUUGAACAACCAAUGAUACCAAUGUCAAAACUGCAACAAAGGAUGCGAGAGAGAGACCCAUCGUACAUCACAGAAACGAAUAUACUAACAAUAGUUGAAUUCUCGUACGUCUGUCCGUUCAAGUGCAGACACAACAACCUACUGUGCUUCUACUGCGGAGAAAAUUUCUCGGAUCCCGAGCUGCUGAGAAACCAUACACUACAUAGCCAUCACCCAAAGAAGUUUAAAAUAACCGAACAUAAGAAUAUGCUCAAGAUUGACCUAACUAGGAUUGAUUGUCGAUUAUGUCCGGAGAGGAUAACAACAUUGGACGAAUUCAGACAUCACAUUUCUAGCGUCCACAAUAAGAAAUACUACUUCAAUAACCGUGACCUCCUUUUACCGUUCCGUUUGACAAAUAAUGAGUUCAAAUGCGCUCUAUGUGAUUUGGCCUUUCCAUAUUUCCACGCUCUAAACAAACAUAUGAACGAACAUUUCAGUAAUUAUGUCUGUGAGACUUGCGGCCUGGGUUUCGUCGAUCGGGGUAGGUUUAUAAUGCAUCAGCAGAGGCACGAAGAAGGCGAUUUUCCCUGUGAAGUCUGCGGUAAGGUGUUCAAGGCACACUAUAAUAGGGAGUUACAUGUUGACAGGGUGCAUAAAAAAAGAGGCAGAGUAUACUGUCCAAAAUGUGACGUCAGACUGAUGACGUAUCCGCAGAAGUUGAAACACUUAGUGGAGGUCCACGGGGAAGAGCCCUUAUCGUUCCCAUGUAAUGUUUGUGACAAAGUGUGUGAAACUAGACGGAAGCUUACUAUACACAGGAGGAAAGAGCAUUUGAAGGAUUAUAGAUACGAAUGCCAAACCUGCGGCCAGAAAUUUUUUACCGGCUUUGCCCUAACCAACCAUAUGCCAACACACACAGGCGAAAGGAACUUCAAAUGCAAAGUCUGUGAAAAAACCUACCCCCGUAAGAAGACCCUCAAAGAGCACAUACGAAUACACACAAAUGAUAGACGCUACCGUUGUCACAUAUGUGGCCAGGCGUUCAUACAGAAUUGUAGCCUGAAGGGUCAUAUGAAGAGCCAGCAUCCGGAAUAUAGUUAAUUUAUUGUAAUAAAUGAUGGAUUGUUA